AUCUAAUUGCAAUUAAUUAACCUAAUCCAACCAAGACAUGGAUCGGACAAUCCAUGGAUGACUUCCUUGAUAAGGAUAUCUGGAUUCGUUAUGUUACUGCUAUUUAUUGGUCUAUAGCUACUCUCACUAGAGUAGGCUAUGGUGAUUUGCAUCCAAUGAACACACGAGAGAUGAUAUUCAACAUUUUCUACAUGCUUUUUACCUUUUGCUUGACUGCGUAUUGGAUAGGAAAUAUGACCAAUUUUGUGAUCCAUGGAACAAGUAGGACUAAUCAAUCUGUAACUUGUCGGGAUCCACUGCCGGAGACAGAGCACAUGUUAACCCAUGCUAAAAUCUUUCCAACAAGAGUUACAGUAAGUUGCCCUGAAAAGGGGGAUAUCACGGGGGAGCUUAUUUUAGUUACACGUAGCUUCCAAGAGCUGCUAGGUAUUGAUUACAAAAUAUAUGGGAUCAAGCAGGCCAAAGUGCUGAUCAACGACUGGGCUGAAAUUGAUGACUUUGAGUUGAUUAGAGAUGGUGAUCAUUUAAUUUUUGAUCAAGUGAAUGCUGAACCUAACAACUAAAUAUUGAUAACCUAAACUAAAUUAAAGUAUCUAUAUAUCAUUUUCUUAUUGUUGAUAUUUUGUUCUUUAUCCUACUUAGAUUGUUACUUUGGCUAGUUUCCUUGAUCAUCUGUUUUUUACUGUCGCUGUCAGUAUUCCAUUUUUAUUUGUACACACUUUAAUUUUCAAAGCCAAAAAAUCGAAAAAACCAAUUCGAAAAUGAAGAAAACCGAACCAAAUGGAAAUUAUUGCGUUGUGAUUUCGAUUACCAAUGUUGACAAACUGAAAGAGAAGCCGAGAAACUGAAUUGAACCCGUUUUCAAUCUCUAGUUAUUUUAGAAUAUGAUGAUCAGAUAUGAAACUUGUGACCAUGUUAUAAGCAAGAUCUUUAAAAGUGGUCAAUUAUAUUGUGCAACAUACCCCUUGGACUUGGGCUUUUUGGAUGGUCCUAAACUUGAUCUCCAACGCACUGAGAACACGAAAGCAUACCUGUAUCCAAACAAGUGAAUAAUUCAUGGGAUGUUGUUGCAAAAUGCUGUAGAUAUUA